UAGCUUAGCUUCACCUAACUCUCUGUGUUGCACAUAAAUGAUUAAACUCUAGCCAAAGAGUAACCAACAACAUCCGAAAACACAAUCCGUGGUUGAUUGAGAGAUCAGAAAGAAUGUCUUUGUCGGCAUCGGAGAUCGCUCAAAAGCUGAAUCUACAACCUCAUCCAGAAGGUGGAUUUUACAUCGAAACAUUCCGUGACCACUCUGUUCAACUUUCCACUUCUCACCUUCCAUCUGAAUACAAAGUUGACCGACCAGUGUCGACCUGCAUAUAUUUUCUGCUUCCAUCUGGUACCAUGUCUCGCCUACAUCGUAUUCCUUCUUCUGAAACAUGGCAUCAUUACAUUGGAGAACCUAUUACUGUGGUGGAACUAAAUGAGAAAGAUUCAAGUGUUAAAUUUACAUGUCUUGGAUCUGAUCUAACUAAGGAUCAGACACCACAAUACACGGUGCCUCCGAAUGUCUGGUUUGGUUCUUUUCCGACCAGUGAUUUUGCUGUCUCUGCAAAUGGGGGGUCAUUUGUGAAGGGUUCAGAAAGAGAUGGUGAGACUCAUUACUCUCUUGUAGGUUGCACUUGUGCACCUGGUUUUCAGUUCCAGGAUUUUGAACUUGCUAAACGUUCUUACCUCAUUUCACGUUUUCCUCAAUUGGAGUCUCUUGUCACUACUCUCACAUUUCCUGAAUAAUGUUGCUGCCCGCUUGCCUGGUUUGUGCUGUUAGAGCAUAUGUGUAAUGUAUGAUCUAAAUAUGGUUCUUCAAUAUAAAUAAUGGGCUUUUAUGUUAAAAUAUGUGCCACAUGUAAUAAUAGUAUCUCAAAUAGACACUGUUGAAGCAUUCUUAAUAUUAAUGUUUGUCUUUUUCCGCAAAUGUCGCAUUUUUGCUGUAAAAGUUGUUCUUAACUUUAUCUUAUUUGAGUGAAGUGUUCUUAUCUGAUGAGGUAAGAUAUCAUCCA